AUUAGAAAGCCAAAAGACUUAUACAAAAAGAGAGAGAGAGAGAUAAGAUCACAAUGAGACGGCAACCACCACGUCCACGUCACUCACCACCGCAAUCUCACUCUUCUCCGUCGUCUUCUUCGUCGGAAUUCGAGUUCAACGUCUCGAUCUCUCCUCGGAAAGCUUCUUCUUCGCUUUGUCCCGCCGAUGAGCUCUUUUACAAAGGUCAGCUUCUCCCUCUUCAGCUCUCUCCUCGUCUCUCUCUUGUCCGUACGCUCUGUUCCUCUUCUUCCUCUGAGUACACUUCUUCUUCCUCCUCCUCCUCCUCCGCCGCAACCUCCGCCGCACGUGACUCAACUGAGUCUAACUCCUCCACUGAUUCCACCGCUUCUUUCCCUCUCCUCCACCCUCCUCCGCUUGAUUGCUGUGAGUCUUCUCGUCCUAGCUCUGUAACCGACGAUGAAGACUUCUUCUUUAAACCUCCAAAGAACAAAUCUUACGGUGGAGGUUUCUCUCUUUCAAGAUUCUCCUCUGUUUUCAAGAAAGAUACCAAAACCAAUCUCCACCACUCCUCCUCCUCCUCCGCCGCAGCACCCACAUCAACCGCCGCAGCUCCGUCGUCGGUUAAACGAAUGAGCUCCACCGCGAAAGAAGUUAUACGCAAAUACAUGAAAAAGGUCAAACCUUUAUACGACAAGUUCUCUCAAAAACAGAGCACCACCGUUAUAAAAACAGAGCCAUCAACAACAUCUCUCAAAGAUUCCGGCAACAACAUACCUAAAACCACCAUCACCACCACCACCGCCUCCGCCGCACCAACCGGCGUCUCCUCCAGCGGAGGCUUAUCAAUCUCAUUCUCAGGAAACCUAAUGAAAUACACUAAACGAGGACGAUGCGCGGCGAGCUGUCCAUCGUCGAUGAGGUCAUCUCCGAGUCACUCCGGCGUACUGACACGUGGCGGUUUCCCGGUACAUCAAGGAGGUAGCAGCAGCAGCAGCAACAGCAACAGCAGCAGUGUGUCUUCUUCAAUGGAAGAGUUACAAAGUGCUAUACAAGGAGCUAUCGCUCAUUGCAAGAACUCAAUGUUGCAGAAGAGUUUGGUUAGUAGUCUCGAGAUCUAGCUUAUAUCUUUUGGAUCCAUUUUUAUCAUGUUUUUAUUUAUUUCUCAUAUGUCUUGAUUUUUCUAGUCGUUUUUUAAAGAUUUGAUCUACAACUCUUUUGUCUUAGUGCGAUGAUCUAAACAUUCGAUUUAAUUUAAACGAUGUUAUUGGUUGUUUUAUA